UUUAGGGUUCACUCAUUCAUUCUCUAUUUUUUUUAAGUCAAAGAAGUUGCUCCUGAUGUUAGAAGAAGAAAUGCCAAGCUCUCAUUCUCUUUUGUCUUCCCGGACAAACAAUUGUUUCAAAGUCCAAGAGAUUUGGAAGGGAACGGAGGCGGUGCAAUUUGGGGAUGGCGGUGAUGGAGAUUACCGCGGUGGCGGAGAAAGACAUGGAGUUGAGGAAAUCGGCGUUCAAGCCAAACUCACCCGCUUGCAAGGCUGUUGUGGAUCAAGAAAGCGGAUUCGUUGCAUAAAGACGAUUGGGAAUUUGGCCAGAACGUUUAAGGCGACGGAGUCAGAUGAUUGGGCCCUUGGUGAGGCUUCUGAACGAGAGGGAACCGGAGGUGCUGAGGGAGGCGGCGAUUGCGCUCACGAAAUUCGCGUGCACGGAGAAUUACCUCCACGUGGAUCACGCCAAGGCCAUCAUAAGCGUUGGUGGCGCCAAGCACUUGAUUCAGCUUGUGUAUUUUAUGGCAAAGCUCUAUUCAAGGAUGAAGUUGUUACUCCAUUCAACGGCCUUGUCGAGCCACUUUGUCAUGUUGUGGUGACUGUUGAUUUUGACGACCUCGUUCAAUGA